AUGUCCCAGUCAACCAAUUCAAGUACCGAAUGUGGAGACCGAUGGAAAGAAUUCCCGCUCAAGUUCUGCUCGCAAGCCAAAUUGGACCGCUCCAGCCACUUCUUAAUGAAGUUUCGCCGAGGGCCAGUGAACAUCGUGGAAGACUUUACCAAACCCGUCCGACUCCAUCAGAAAGAUACUUAUGGUAUCCAGAACCAUUUGAGCCGCAAACAAAUGGAUGAAAUGUCUCAGAUCCCUGCUAAUAAGGUAUUUGAAGACCAAUCGAAGAAGAUGGAUUGCAAAGUCGCUCCUGAUGGCGGUGGACGCCGCUCGCUUAAAAACUACUACCGACCUCAGGCCCGGCGGGGUUAUCACAAGCAACUCCUGAAGGAGCUGAUGCCAUGGGUGCUAGAAGACUACGACGCCAGAAAUGUGUAUGUUGGGAACUAUGAGGCUCUGCUGACUUUGAUACCAUUUGUACUUUCGCCGAGUCAAGAUGGAUAUGAGUUAACGCCGAUAGUGAAGCAAUAUAAGUUUACUCCUCGCCUCAACUGUACUACCGCCCAAAGAUCGCGCUUGUACAAGGAGUGGUCCCACAAACUUCAAAGCUUGAGUAAGGAAAGCAAAGCGCCCAAGCGCGUUCUGUCUUUCGGCCGCAUGCACAUGGUCCUGGGUGAAGCCGACACGAGUCGUAACCCGGAGUUUGACGAACCUGAUUACGAAGCCACUUUUGCCGACGAUGAAGACGUUAUUCUUGAUGAAAAUGACUCGCGGCAAAACAAGUGGUCCAAGCGGAAGCUCAACCAAGAAUUGAUUGAGGAUGUGGUGUCUGAUGACAUGAGCCAUCGCCAGCACCAAACAAGAAUUUUGACGAAAGGUGGCAAAAGAAUUCAGAAGAUGUUGGCCAUAGACGCAGGCGAGGGGAGCUUCUAUGAAAGUAAUGAGGAGGACGUGUCGCCUUGCUACGAGUCAGGGCUGGACUCUAGCGAGGACGAGAUAUCGCUACAAGCUGCUAUCAAUGAGAUUGUUGCUGCAAGAACGGCGUCUCGUCCCCGAACCGUAUUUGGCCACAACUUAGGUGAUGGUAUUGUCUCAAUCAAAGCGUCCCCUGAAGUUCUCCGAGAGUUCCCACCCGGUCGCUGGUUGUCUUCUGGUCGGAGAUUACCUUCUACUUCUGGAGGUACGAACACCCUUUAA